AUGGAACAUAUCGAGCUCGAUGAUGGCCGUUUGGUUUGCAGCUCUCAUGGUCUAGUCAUUUGCGGGCGUUGUUGUGUCGACUACAGUUUCAUGGAUAACGGAUCCGAGAACUCAGAUGACGAGCCUUAUCAGCCAGCCAACGUUAGUUCACGCUUGAAACUAUCACAAAACAACGCUUUCAAUGAACUGGACUUUUCGCCCAGAAAGGGUACAGGAAAAGUUCUUCCUACAGUCUUUAUGCCGCCUUCUUCGGCCACAACUCACACCUUGUUUCCCGCUGGAACAAGCCUGAGAGCGAUCCCCGAAGUGACUCGUUUCAUCCAUCAUGAUGAUCCAAGAACGUUUCUUAUUUACACUGAUGGCGCCUGUCUGAAUAACGGACAAGAAAAUCCUAGAGCAGGAUGGGCCUUUGUUUUCCGGCCCCGACAAUCCAACGCCACGACAUACGUAGCUGGUCGUCUCGAGAACAAGGGCCCCUUUGGGGACGAACAGAGCCAGACCAGUAAUCGGGCUGAGCUACGAGCCAUUAUCGGCGCACUUCGUUUUCGCAAUUGGAACGGUGAAGGUUUCACGAGACUUGUCUUUGCCACUGACUCAGAAUAUGUUGUCAAGGGUGCGACAGCAUGGGUUUCAGGCUGGCUUCGUAAAGGCUGGAAGACGAGCUCCGGUGAUCGGGUCAAGAACAGAGACUUGUGGGAGGCUUUGCUCGGGGAGUUGGAAAGGUGGAAUGUGCAUGGUAUGAGAAUACAGUUUUGGAAAAUUCCGCGGGAGUGGAAUAUUGAGGCGGAUGAGUUGGCGAAGGAGGCGGCGCGAGGCACUAAUAAUGACGAGUUCACUCAGCCCCUGGGUGUGCUCUGUUAG